GAAUAUCCGUAGCUAAACUGUAGCAAAAUAUGUUUGUAGCAAAUCCGUAGCUAAUUCGUAGCAAUAUCUGCGACCGAUUUUAUCCGUAGCAAAAAUCCAUAGCAAAUGCUUAUUUUUGUAGUAGUGUGUAACAUCUUCGAUCAGGUUCUUGUUAUGUCACAACUCAAACAUCCCUUGUUCUAAAAUCUUAACAAUUCCCUAUAAUGGCUACAACUAUGACUCUAAAUGGGAGAGGUGACCGACAUGUGUUUUCGUCUUCUGACGACAAUGCCAUGAUGAAAAACAUACUCGCCACCCACUCUCCUGACGGAACCAAUAUUGAUGUCAUACCGCUUCUCCAAAUUAUCAAGGACAUCAUGCAUAGGUCCCAUCCAGACGGCCCUCAGGCUAACAUAGACGCGAUAGUUGAGAGUGUGAUUUAUCACGAUUUUAAUGAGAUGUUUGAAGUUUUGGCGCUCACAAUCAAUAAGGUUGCAUGCGAGAUUACUUGCAAGUGUGCUGGAGGGGGAGAUACACAUGCAACUGCCAUUGGGAUUUUUAACACGCUUUCCAACUACGGGUGGGAUGCAAAAGCUGUUAUUACUUUAGCAGCUUUUGCAGUGAAUUAUGGAGAGUUUUGGUUGGUCGCUCAACUUCACAAGACCAAUCCACUCGCCAAAUCAUUGGCUCUCCUCAAGCAACUACCUGACGUAUUAGAGCAUCGUGAAUCUCUCAAAACAAGGUUUAACGUUGUCAAUAACCUCGUCAACGCCAUGUUUGACGUCACUAAUAUUAUCAUCAAAUUUAAAGAGUUACCAGAACAAUAUAUUAGCCCAAAUACACCAGAAUUAACGAUAGCCACCACUCAUAUUCCCACGACGGUUUAUUGUAUCAUUAGAAGCAUUGUGGCUUGUGCAUCCGUGCUUACUAAUCUCAUUGGAAUGGGACACGAGCACGUCACAGCAACCACGGAAGCUUGGGAGCUAUCGAGUUUGGCUCAUAAGAUCAACAAUAUUCAUGAUCACCUGAAGCAACAGUUAGAUCUAUGCAUUCAACAUAUUAAUGAGAAGAAGCAUAAUGAAGUAUACCAAAAUAUUAUUCUCAUCAUGGGCACUACACAUCUUGAUAACAUCAAGCCACUCCAACAGUUGAUUUCCUUGAAGGAUGAUCAACCACCAUUAUACAAGAGUUCUACAAAAGAUCGGGUGACCAUCGACAUAUUAAGGAAGAAGAUCGUGUUGCUACUCAUAUCCGACCUUGACUUACCUUGGGAAGAGUUUUCGGUUCUUGACAAAAUAUACAAGGAGGCAAAGCAAAACCCAACAAAACCUGAGAAUCAAUACGAGGUGGUUUGGCUCCCCGUGGUGCCCGAUGUGACGGUACCAUUGUCCGAAGAUAAGAAAAACAAGUUUGAGGGGAUAAGAAACAACAUGCCAUGGUACUCGUUGUUUCAUCCCUCGUUACUUGAUCCAGCAGUGAUCAAGUACAUUAAGGAGAAAUGGCACUUUAACCGCAAACCGUUGCUCGUGGUAAUGGAUUCCCAUGGGAGGAUCGUCAAUACCAACGCGCUACACAUGUUGUGGACUUGGGGAAGUGUGGCUUUCCCGUUCACUAGCCCGAAGGAAGAAGCUUUAUGGCGUGACGAAACUUGGAGGGUAGAAUUGCUCGUCGAUGUCGAUUCCAUACCUGAGCCAAAGAUUUCCAACUGGAUUGCUGAUGAGAAGUACAUUUGUUUGUAUGGAGGGGAAGACAUCGACUGGAUUCGGAAAUUUACAAAAGCAGUAAAAGAGGUUGCGAAACAGGCUGGAAUCCCGCUCGAGAUGUUAUAUGUCGGGAAAAACAACCCCGGGGAUAAAAUAAGCGAUAACAAUGAUAUCAUCCAGAACGAGAAACUUAGCGAUGUGCUACCCGACUUGGCCUUGAUAAGGGCCUUUUGGGUACGUCUCGAGAACAUGUUGCACUCGAAGUUACAAAACGGGAAAGCUUUAGGCGAAGAACCGCUUUUAAAAGAGAUCAAUGUGAUGCUUACUUAUGAUGGAAAUGGUAAAGGUUGGGCUGUGAUAAGUCGUGGGUCAAAUGAUUGGAUGAUAAGAGUCGAUGGUGAUACUAUUUUAACAAGUUUUAUCAAUUAUGAUGAGUGGAAGGAUCAGGUAAAAGAAAAGGGGUUUUUGCCCGCGUUAAACGACCAACUUGCGGCUAACAAACCACCGCAUCAUUGCAAUCGUUUAAUCUUGCCGGGAACCACUGGGAGUGUGCCGGAGACAGUGGUUUGCGCUGACUGUGGGCGGUCGAUGGAGAAGUUUUUCUUAUACCGUUGUUGCACUGACUAAUUAACCUUAUAGUAUGCACUCCUGAAGAAUAAAUUUUAAUAAGGAUGAUUAUGAUUUACUGAUUUAGUCAUAUUCCGCCUAUUGUAUUUGCGAUUACUAGUAUUGUGCCCACUUCUAUUUAAAAAAUAUCCUUAAGGUGUGCUAUAAAUUUGUUUCAUUUGUAAGUCAAAAAUCAUCAC